UGACGUGGUGGGAGAGCGUAACGCGACCGAGCUGGGAGCUGCCUUUCAGAACGAACAUCCAACUGACAGGGUUACCUCACGUUUGUCUUCCUCCUCCCCCGCUCUCUGCCUCCCCCCUCCAGCCCUCUCACAGACAGAGCUUCAACACAGCAGAGCGUGAGAGGCUGCUGAAUGAGGAAAAUGAAAACAAAGAAGGAUGGAAGCAGAUCGCAGGGAGAGCAGUUGACAUGAAAGCGUGGGAAUUAAAUCAGGGGGAGUGAGAGGAAACGAGCAGCAUAGAGAUAAGAAGACAAGCUGAACGGAGAGACGGGAAACUGCUGCAGCAUGCAGACAUGAAGCCCAUCUGACUGCCGCUGCUUGGAUUUCAAUUAAAUGACGGAUGAGGACAAGGAAAGGACCUUCAGUUAAACUGUCAGGUACAGACUCUCGUCUCCUUUUGGCCGAACGAGACAGCGACACAGCGUCAUCUGAAUCAAACCUCUUGGGACAAUGCGCCAAGUCGAACGGACUGACUGCAACACAUGUUAAUCCCACAUGCAUGCAUCUGGGGGAAAAAAAUGGCGUGACCGACAGGAAUCCUACAAUUCCUUAUGAGUUCCAACUAAAAAUGCAAAACACUCCUUCAGAGCAGCAGCAAGAGGAAAAAAAAGGGAUGGUUGGUUGCACACUGCAGAGGAAAUGAAGAUAUGAGGCUUCAAGUCAUAUGAGUCAAGGCUAUAUGUGUGUUAAAAAGAGGGAACUGGUCCAAACUGGUGACUGGUGUGUGCAGACUGCAUGUUAUUACACAAAUGAUGGAUACUAAAGAGGGACGACUUAUCAGAUAAAAUGGGUAACCGCAGGGCUUACAGGAAGAAAUUUCAAUGUGUGAAAGUAAGAAGACAGAAGUAAAAUGCCCUUGAGUGACUUGACUCGUAGUUUCCAGCGGCUCCUCUGACGACCGGCUUCAGGGGUGUGAAAACAGAGAAUCUACAGCAUCAUGCAGUGGAGACGGCGUCAUUGCUGCACGCAUACAGCUAAAGGUUUUUAUCUCCUCUUGCUGUUGGGAGUUCUGGUUUUUCUGGUCCACCAGGUGUGGCUCCCUGUUCUCACUGACUUGAUUUGUCGGAAAAGCUACCCUGUGGUGUACAAAGGUGGGGGGAUUCAUACAUCUAAGGCCAACUACAGCAGCCAUCAACCUGCAUGGUUUGUGAUCGUUCCUCAGCAAACUCUUAAGAUCGACACGAACAUCAGCUCUAAUGAGAAGCCGGGUACUUCUUCCAGUCAAGGUGACCCACGUCUCAAGACCACAGAAGCAGCUAACAGCAGCCAAAGUAAAGUGGAAGACCCCAAUGACACAGUAACCCCGGGACCUUUCACGUACACCAUCAACGAGCCAGACAAGUGCGCAAAAAAUCGAUCUGCUCCGUUUCUUGUGUUGCUAAUCGCCACCGAGGCUCGUCAGGUGGAAGUAAGGAACGCCAUACGGCAGACUUGGGGGAACGAGAGCGUUGCCCCAGCUCUGGGACUUAUCCGGCUCUUUCUGCUGGGGAAGACAGAUGGAGAGCUGGGAGCCCCCCAACAAAAGAUGCUACAAGCUGAGAGCAAAAGGUAUCACGACAUCAUUCAGCAGGACUUUCUGGAUUCCUAUAAAAACUUGACGAUAAAGACGUUGAUGGGAAUGAACUGGGUGGCGAUGCACUGCCCGCUGGCGCGCUACGUCAUGAAAACAGACAGCGACAUGUUCGUCAACACACAUUAUCUCAUUUAUAAGCUGCUCAGACCAGAACUGAAGCCCAGGAAGAAGUACUUCACAGGCUACAACAUGAGAGGCUUCGCACCCAACCGAAAUAAAAACAGCAAGUGGUACAUGCCCCCAGCGCUGUACCCAGGAGAUAAGUAUCCCACCUUUUGCUCUGGGACUGGUUACGUCUUUUCUGGAGACAUAGCUGUCAAAAUCUAUCGGAUUUCUCGAAGUAUCCCUCUCCUACAGCUGGAGGAUGUGUACGUGGGCAUAUGCCUGGCUCAGCUGCGAAUCGAGCCGUCGCCUCCGCCCAACGGCUUCCUUUUCAACCACUGGCGAGUGCCUUACUCCAGCUGCAAGUACAACCACCUGAUAACGUCGCACGGCUUUCAUCCCAACGAAAUACUGAAAUACUGGCAUCACCUUCAGAACAACAGAAACAACGCUUGUAUCAACAUGGCGAAAGACAAAGCAAGCAGAGCACACGCAAAAAGAGUGAACGGGCAGAAACCAGUUAACUGACAGUUAGCCAUUGUCUCGGCACACUUUCUUCCUCAUUCUUUCAUUACCGGGUAACUCAUCAUGUGGCAAUUCAAACCUGAAAACUGAAAGACAAUUUCAUAUAAAUGAGAUUAAAUCUUUUCUAUGAGAAGGAAACAAGUGGAAAGCAUAUUUACACAGUUGUAUUUUAUAAAAUAUUAAUCUGUGUUUUACUGUUAUACAAAAGCUCAUUUUUCUCUACGUGUUUCAUAGGCUGAUACAGACUAGGUGCAGUGUGAAUAAACAUUUCAUGGGCAGCAAAGAGCUAAGUCUGAAAAAACAAUAGCACAAGACUGACUGGAUUUAGAAGACAAGACUUCUUGCUGUAAAUGUAGAAGUCAUUUUAUUGUCUGUAGUUUGUGCCAAACCUUUUGAUUAAAAUAAAGCGCUAAAUAAAUAAAUAAAAAUUAAAAAAAAGGAAGUAGGGCCACAGAUGUGUGUUUCCUUUUAAUAAUUAAUGAAACAGCAGGAUGGAACAUAGGAAAAUAGUACGUGUUAUGUGUAAGUUGCAGAACUGAUGCAAAGCUCUUUUCAUAGCCACAACAUAUUAUUUAAACACACUGGGCAAGCUGUCCAGUGUGACUGGUCGUCCUGAUGCUCUAUAUUCGUUAAUUAGCUGGUAAAUUUCUCCAAUUUUUUCUCUGCUAUGGAGCUCCAGAUUUCUGAUGAGAACAGAGGAAAACAAUUUUGCCUUUCUCGUGUGGUUUAGACAGUCAAGAUGCUGCAGAGUAGCAUCAUGUUUUUAGGGCAACACAACAUCUGCAGGGAAGACAGCUGUUAACUAAACCAGGAACGAAUGAAGCUUUGAAACAGCUCAUAAUUAUUUCCGGACUGGUACGCCUGCAGCGCUUCAACAUGUCCUGUUGCAUUCAGCGAGGAGGAAGACGUGCAAUCACCAAGUUCAUGACACACAAUUCUAGAUUUCUGCAGAAAUGCAGUUCAGUGAUACUGCAUCCACUGACACACACUUUAUCCUGACCGCCCAACAGAAAUGUUUUAAACAAGAAGAGACAAUUAAACAAAUUUGUCUCUUUAGAAACAUUAAACUUACAGAAUUAGAUGCGAGUUUAGGCCGUUUUUAUUUCCC